AAAAAUCGAGUGUUUCCGUUAUGUAUGCCGAAAGGAGAAGCUGAUCAGUAAACUGAUAGGAACAGGAGAGUGAUGAGAUGAAAGCAAGAACCAGCAAUUCCUGUUGCUCAUGGCGACGAGAGUCCAAUUUUGGUGCUUAGGAAGGAGGUGAGUGAAAGAAUUGAAACGUCACAGCGUUCAAAAAACAUGAGACUCUUAUUUAUUGUUACCAACCAAGCCUCCCCACAUCUGAGCCCAGCAGUUUAAUGCCAUUAAUGCACCCUCCCCACCAUCUCCUCCUUUUCCCCUUUUAACUUGAAUGCCCACCACAGAGCAGCACCAGGUCUCCCCCUCCACCUCCUCCACCUCCUCACCUGCACCCUUCAAAGGGACUCAUCUUUUUCAGCUCAUUCUCACCAUGAUUCCCAAGAAGACAACUUUCUGCCUUCAUGUUGUGGUCUUGGUACUGCUCUGCCAUGAAGAUCUUGAGGUCACAUGCUUCGGUUCCAUGUCCACCAUUGCAGUUUCAUACGGUGCGAAUGGUGCCAGCUUCUGUGGGCUUCACCCAGAUGGGACUCGCCAAGUGAGCUGCCAGGGACCUGACUUUUCCAUCGUGUAUGGCACGCCAAUGAGCUUCUCCUUCUGGGGGCUGACUGCCGGCGACGGCUUUGUCUGCGGGCUUCUUCUGCACCAGAACCAGCCUUACUGCUGGGGCAACAACAUCUACAUCCCAAUGGGGGUGCCGCAGCCCAUGAAGCCGGAGGCUGCUUAUGCUGAGAUCAGUGCUGGGGAUCAUCAUUUGUGUGCUCUGAGGAAGCCAAUGCCCACAUCAAGAAACUAUUCCUCUGUUUCUGUUGUUGAUUGUUGGGGGUAUAACAUGACAGGAUCCUACAGUUUUGAAGGAGGGAUCCUGUCAAUAACAGGAGGGGCAGGCUUCAAUUGUGGACUGUUUGUGAGGAAUAGGACAGCAGUUUGCUGGGGAGAUGAAACGGAGAGUGGAGUGAUCAGUUUGAUUCCCAGAAACACUAGCUUCCUUGACGUUUCAGCUGGAGGAUUUCAUGUCUGUGGGAGGUCCUCCAGCAGAGUUUUCUGCUGGGGGAAGAGCCUGAGUUUAGGGGAAGGUCAAGAUGAGAGCAGUUGGGGAGGUAAUGUUGACCUUGCUCCUGACUUCCCCUUCAUCUCUGUUGUGGGUGGGAAGUUUCAUGCAUGUGGGAUCAGGGCCUAUGACCAUGGAGUUGUUUGUUGGGGUUAUAGGCUUGAAAACAGCACCAUUGUUCCUGACAACACCAGGGCAUCUGCCAUUGCUGCCGGCGACUACUUCACUUGUAGUAUUGAUUCUGCCGACGCAUUGAAACCUGUCUGCUGGGGCUCUAAUUUUCCUGCAAGCCUCCCGGUCGCUGCAACUCCUGUUCCGCCUUCUCGCGACGGCAGGGAGAACAGAGGUUGGUCGUCGAUCCGCUUGCCUGUUUUCUUGGCAGAGUUGGCCAUUGCUGUCUUUGUGGUAAGUGCUGUUUCUUUAGCUGCCAUACUUUAUGUGAGGUUCAAAUUGCAGAGAUGCAACUGUAGAGCACCUCGUUCGAGGACCGGUAACAACUCCGGAGCUGGUUCUUUUCACAAGGAGCCUGUCAAAAUUAAGCCUGAUUUGGAAGAGUUGAAGAUCAGGAGAGCUCGACAGUUUAGUUACGAGGAUCUGGAGAAGGCCACUGGGGGUUUCAGUGAGGAAUCGCAGGUGGGCAAGGGCAGCUUCUCGUGCGUCUUCAAAGGGGUCUUGAAAGAUGGAACCGUCGUGGCAGUUAAGAGGGCAAUAAUGGCAUCCGAUUUAAAGAAGAACUCGAACGAGUUCCACACUGAACUUGAUCUUUUGUCGAGAUUGAACCAUGCCCAUUUGCUGAAUUUGCUCGGUUACUGCGAGGAAGGCGGUGAAAGGCUUCUCGUUUACGAAUUCAUGGCGCACGGUUCAUUACACGAACUCCUACAUGGGAAGAAGAAGAAGGAGCCUCUGGAUUGGAUCAGGAGGGUCACCAUUGCAGUUCAAGCGGCUAGGGGGAUUGAAUACCUCCAUGGCUACGCUUGCCCGCCGGUAAUUCACCGGGACAUCAAGUCUUCAAACAUUUUGAUCGAUGAAGAAUGGAAUGCUCGAGUCUCAGAUUUCGGUUUAUCCUUGUUGGGACCGGACAACAGCAGCUGCCCAUUAUCAGAGCUGCCUGCAGGCACGUUGGGCUAUCUUGAUCCUGAGUAUUACAGGCUGCAUUAUCUUACAACAAAGAGUGAUGUUUACAGUUUUGGUGUUCUGCUUCUGGAGAUCCUGAGUGGCCGAAAAGCAAUAGAUAUGCAAUUCGAAGAGGGGAACAUCGUCGAAUGGGCAGUUCCUUUGAUAAAAAGUGGUACUCUGGAAGCAAUUCUCGAUACAAGAUUGAAGCCGCCUGUGGAAAUGGAGGCAUUGAGGAAGAUUGCGAAUGUGGCCUGCAAGUGUGUGAGGAUGAGGGGAAAGGAGAGACCUUCAAUGGACAAGGUGACUACAGCACUGGAGAGAGCUCUAGCUGUGCUAAUGGGCACUCCUUCAAUCGAACAACCGAUCUUGCCGACUGAAGUUGUACUGGGCAGCAGCCGGUUGCACAAGAAAGCUUCACAGCGAUCUUCAUACCGAUCAAGUUCCGAAAUCGAUACGGACCAUACGGUUGAUGGUGAUGAUCAGAGGCUUGAGUUCAGAGCACCUUCAUGGAUUACCUUCCCAAGCUUGACUUCGUCUCAGAGAAGAAAAUCUUCUGUAUCAGAAGCCGAUAUCGAGGGGAAAAAUGUUGGUGCUCCUGAAGCAAAAUGCAUUGUGGGAGGGGAUGGAUUGAACAGGUUGGAGGAAGAGAUUGCACCUGCUUCACCCCAGCAAGAGCUCUUCUUGCAUCAUAAUUUUUGAUUGACGAAGGAAAUGACAAAUCGUGCUGGGUAAAACAGGGGAAGGCAGGGAAAAUCUGCAGUUCAAAGGGUGCUGUAUAUAUCUCAUGGAUUUGUAAUUUAGCUUUCUUUCGAUCUAUUGUUGUGUCUGUAUCUGUACAAUUCUUUCCCCCAAUGCUGGUCUUGGGAUUGCUUUUGCCGUUCUGGAGAAAUUUCCAGAGGAUUUCGGGAGGCAGAUUGUGGGUGGUCUUAUUUUGUUGACAUACUGAGAUAAGAAUUGCAGAACUCAAGAAGAAGAACAUGAGCUAAUCUGGUGUAAUUUGUUUGUUAGGUUUAAUUAAAGUUUCAGGGAAUGUGUCGGAAACAGUGGCUGGUGGUACUUCCGGGUUGUUCUCUAAAGUGAAGGUUGCUAAAAUGGCAACCAUCUUGGAUUUGCAUACUGGAGCCUGCAAAAAAUAGAAGGCAAGAAUGGAAGGAUCUUUCUAUUGCUGUAUUGAAUUGACAUCAUGUGCAUGUUGGUAGUCUUUCCUCACAGAUUGUUGGCCUCCUCCAUUUAAAUGCUUUCUCUAAUAUAAACAAGAAAGCAUGUGAUAAAGACUGGUGAGCUUCUGUCGAGUCUGUAAUGGAAAGUUUGUCUGCAGAGCACGGAAUGUAGUGAUUGAAAUGUUCAGACGUCCUAUUGUUGCUAAUUGUAUUGAAAAAAAGGGUUCUUUCUGCGGAUAAUGAUAGCUUUCAAAUCAAGAGUUGUUUCCA